UGUUUCUGUCCAAGUGCAAACACACAAACAAACACACACAGAGUCACACACACUCUGUGUGUCACACACACAAUAUGCAAAACAGUUACGGAUAGCUGUCACGGACAAGGCACAGAACAUAAAAUUGGCACACAUUGGCACAUUUGCGCAGAAACUCACACACACACACACACACACAGACAGAGACAUUCUUUUGGCGGACACAGAGUUUUUCGUGCUCACUUGCGCAGCGUGCUUGCUCGAGAUAGUGUGAUGAGAUGUAAAGGACAUGCACAUCAUUCUCUAACUUAUUUUCACACAGAAAAGCACUCGGCAGUCAGUUCUUCAUAAGACCAAAAGAUGAAUGCCACAAUAUCCCACAGCACGCAACCCCCAGCCACGACACCACUGGAUCUUAAGUACAGACAACCUCUCCUGGUCAUCUACUCUGUGGUUCUUCUCACCGGUACCAUCAGCCUGAGCCUGAUGAUAUACAUCAUAAAGUCCAACAUGAAAUCCGUCACCUCGAUCGCUGUGCUCAACCUAAUCUUCACCCACUUCAUCUUCCUUCUCACUGUGCCUUUUAGGAUUUGCUAUUACAUCACUUUUAAGUGGAGCUUCAGCCUUGGGUGGUGUAAAACGGUAAGCAGCAUGAUCCACACCCACAUGUACAUGUCUUUCAUCUUCUAUGUGAUCAUCCUCAUUAUGCGCCUGAUGGCGUUCUACAACAAAGAUCAGUGGAUAGCAUGCUUCCAGAGGAUUCAUGCACUCCUUGUCAGUGCUGUGGUGUGGAUUGUGGUGCUUGUUUCGGUCCCUUUCGUAACAGCUUUUUCCUACGGCAAAGGAGGUAAUACAGGAGAGGAGAAAAAUAACACUCGUUGCUUCGAGUUUGGUAAACACAUAACGUUCAGCGCCACGGUGUUGAACUACAUCAUAAGCACAGUGAUCAUAGUGGUGGCCAUUGUACUGACUGCCCUCCAAGCCAAUGUCUUCAGGAUUUUAUACAAGAAGGAUCGCCAGGGAUGCACCUCUCACCAGCAGGAAUUUGGGGCUCAGUUCAAGAGUCUGUGUUUUGCCCUCAUUAUGGUCGUCUGUUUCAUUCCCUACCACAUGUUUCGCCUGUAUUACGUAAAUCAUAUACAAUCUUUGGAGGGGAUUAAUGAGGUUUUUCUGAGUCUGACCACUUUUAACUGCUUGGACAUGCUCACCUUCAUGGGAAGGAGAACUUGCUACAGGUGCUGCCCAGGAAAGGUUUGAGGGGGUCAAGAGACUUUAUUUGCUUGAUUUUGUAACUUCAUUUUCCUUUACUGUUCUUUAUUGUCACACAUAAAAAAAUAAAUAAAAAAACUAAACUACUAAACAUACCUUUAAAAGAUGUGGUGUGAUGGGCUGGGUAUCAUUUCAUGUACCUUGUGUUUGAUGCAUGUAGGCAAGACACAGAUGAAGGUUACAACCCAUGUCCAAGGUGUUAUGCGAACAGCCGUGUAAAACUGUCUUCUCUCUUGAGCAAUAGUGCAGCAUUAGCAUCAGCUAUGUGAAUUUUUACUUUUUGCUUAUACAGCCACACUGAAUGGGCACCCUCUGUACUAACUUUUUUUUGUUUUGUUUUUUUAAUGCUGCUGGUGGUGUUUGGUGACGGUUGAGUAGUAGGGAGUAGUUGACCUUGGGAACCAGAAAGAAAACCAGAAAAAACAUCUAACCAAUCUAAGUACUGUCUGUGCUACUAAAUAUAAAUAUAUACUUAUUAUUAUUAGAAUGUGUGCCAUUAUUUCACCGUUAAAAGUGCACAGAGGAGAGAGAUGUACAACAAAAGUCUGAGAUCAGAACUUAACCUUGGAGUUUAAAGUUAUGCAUCAACAUAUUGAAAAUAAUUAAGGAAACUGUCCUUUUGACUCAAAAUGAAUGAAGUCAUGCCAUCUGCUGGCCAUUGUAUAUACUACACAUGCUUCAUAACUUUGUAAUGCUAGAUUAUGCCAUUGGGCUUUCCCUCAUUUUUCAUGCAGAAUGUGACUUAAUGUAAAAGACAUGGAUGAGUGAAUGGAAAUGAAAAAUAAAUGUAUUUGCUAACACUUCA